AUUAUUUUAACAUGAAAAUUACUCUGAUGGAGAUUACAAAUAAUAGUCAUGUCUAUUUUCUAAUUUUUAGUCAUGAUUUUAUUUUUGAAAGUGUGUAGUGUAGUGUGUCAACGCUGCUUUUGCUAAAUGGAGGUUAUGUUUGUUCGGCAUUUCAAACGGUGUUUGAAACAACAACUUUCGAUGUUUCUGUCAAACUUAUAAUUUGAAUAAGACCUCUAGGUUCGUUUCUAGCCACGAAAAAUCUAGGACAAUACUAAAAAAAAUACAAUUUUAUAGUAAUAAACUGUUUUGAGUGAGAAUUAAAAAGAAAUUCUUUGAAAUUUCAAUCAUGGAAGACCAGGCAUGUCCACGUUGUAAAACAACAAAAUAUCGAAAUCCGUCUUUAAAAUUGAUGGUAAACCUUUGUGGACAUACACUAUGUGAAAGCUGUGUCGAUCUUCUCUUUUUGAAAGGCUCUGGCUCGUGUCCAGAAUGUAAUGCAGCCCUCCGCCGGACAAAUUUCCGCGUUCAGCUCUUCGAGGACCCUAUGGUAGAAAAGGAAGUAGACAUAAGAAAAAGAGUGCUUCGUGACUUCAACAAAAAGGAGGAAGAUUUCCCAACCCUGCGAGAAUACAACAAUUACCUCGAAGAAAUCGAGAACAUCAUAUACAACCUCGCAAACAAUAUUGAUGUGAUCGAGACGAACAAAAAGAUAGAGCAGUACAAGCGAGAAAACAAGGAGCUAAUCCUGAAAAAUAAAUCGAAACUCAGUAAGAAGGAGGUCGAACUGGAAGAGCUGAUAGAACUCGAGAAGCAAAAGGAAAAAGCGAAAGUCCUCGAAUUGGCCCAGCUGGAUAAGGAGAUCGAGAAAAAUAAAAUUCGGGAGAAGGAAGCUCUCAUACAGGAACUUAUGUUUUCCGAGGGAAAUGCGAAAAGUAUUGUGAAAACCUUCGCCUCGGUUAUUCAGGGCUCGAAAGAGGAGAAACAGGUGGCACCGCCUGUGCAGAAAGUUACGCAAUUCAGUUCGGGAAUCAAGUUUGGAAAUCAGGGAGGAAAUAGUUUUCUGCCCGUUCCGAAAGUCGAGGAAGGUCCUCUAUAUUCCUACACGGAAAUCAGACAAGAUAUUGAAGGUCCAGCGCCACCCGACAUGCGAGAAUUGCAGACGCGGGGUUAUUUAAAAAAUGUGAGAUCUGAGAAUUCGGCAGAGAGAGCUGGAGGUUUUCGAGCUAAUAUUGCCUGUCUCAGGGCUCUGCAGGAGGCGAUGGUAGGCCUCUAUCAUAAUCCGCUGGAUCGACAAAACGAGUCGAUGAUGAUUUGACCUUACGAAUGGUCCUAGAUUUUCGAAUUUUUUUGGAAAUUAUCACUUUGCCAGGGAUCACAGUUAAAUUUACUGCAUUUUCAGAACAAGAUAUUUGAAUUAAAUAAACAAUUUCGGACCUCGGAAAGUAGUCUCGAGAUUGAAUCGGAAAAUUUUAAGAUCCAUUUGCUUGAAAUUUAUUAAAGAGAUUUAGGGUGUCU